CGCGGGGCUCCACUCAUCCACCGCUUCUACAAGAUCCCACCACCCCACGUCAAACCAAACCCGGCCGCGGAGAAAGCAGCUUCUAGCUACCCGCCCGGUCUCCGCUUCUCCCGCACGCGCAGGCUGCUGCUGAGUGCUGCCUCCAUCCUGCCACCGCCGCUUGCCUGCUUCGUUCGCGGAACAAAAAAAAAAGUGAGCCGGACCGACCGACGACCCAGCCGAGCCCACGAGAGGGAGGCGCUGCUUGGGCUGUCGGAGCCGCAGCAGGUCUUGCUCCGGCCAGCCACGGCGGCAUCGGCAUCGGCAUGGCGGGGCGGAUGGUGCGGAGCUGCGUGCAGACGGCGCUCAAGGCGGCCAACUCCGUCGUGGGGCUUGCCGGCAUGGCCGUCAUCCUCUACGCGCUCUGGAUGCUCCGCGCCUGGUACAGGGAGGUCGCCGACCACCACCUCCACCAACGCCUCCCGGUCCCCUGGUUCAUCUACGCUUUUCUUGGCCUGGGGAUCUUUUUGUGCCUGUUGACUUGCUCUGGGCAUAUUGCCGCUGAAACUGCAAAUGGUCACUGCCUCUCUUGUUACAUGAUCAUCGUAUUUGUGCUUAUUAUACUGGAAGGCACAAUCACUAUGGAUGUAUGUCUGAAUAGCAACUGGGAAGAGGAUUUCCCCCCUGAUCCAUCAGGCAAGUUUGAGGAUUUCAAGGACUUUGUGAAAUCAAAUUUUGAGAUAUGUGAAUGGGUAGGCCUCUCAGUGGUGGCUGCUCAGGUGUUAUCAAUUAUUCUGGGGAUGGUACUCAGGACCCUUGGGCCUGAACGUGAGACUGACUAUGACAGUGAUGAUGACACAAUUGUGCCUGCAAGGCUGCCUCUCCUGAGAAAUCAGGCCCAACAUGGUUUAGACUAUGCUGAACCUAAUACAUCUCGUAGGAGUGAUUCAUGGAAAUUGCGGAUUUUAGACAAGGUCAACAACUAAGAUCUUAUAAUGAUCUCAUACAACAGACCAUUUGGGAAAGACUUUCGCUCCUAGGGUUUCAGAAGGAUGAUAAGAUUAUACCCUUUUUUUCUUCUUGUGGAGAGAUGAUUAGCAGAAGCGAUAGAGUAGUUCUUAGUUCUGUCUACUUUUGAAUGCCAUUCAACAUGCACAGAUAUUUGAGUAGCAUGUGACUGACCCUUAUAAACCCACAAUGUAUGGGAAGGAUGUUGUACCAUAAUGUUUCAUAAAGAGAUGAGGGCAUUAUUGGUGCCUUCCCUGACCAAAGUCAGAAAUGUUUAAUCUUUCCCACUUGUCCAUCAGCUGCAUCAUCCAUGUAUUUUUAUGGGGCCCCUAUUUUUAUCUGCUUGUCUGCUGUCAGA